AUGCCGCCACCCAAACUACCAGCGAGCGCCACCAGCGCCUUCACUGGGGACGUACCGUCUCUCGCCAGUAGUGCCAGGCCUAGCUUUGAGGGUGUGGUGAGGAGGAAAUCUCAGGUUCCGACGUCAGCGUCGACCACAAGCCUCAUCUCUGGCAUCGAUUUGGACAGCGCUACUGGGACGGGUUCGAAGACGAGAAGCCUGCAUGGAGAGCAGCCUACCCCGGUCCACGCUCCAACCACUACUAGGGCUAGUAGCUGGGGCGCAUUGGGUUCAGCCUUCCGCUCGAGCACGCCGAAGGCAGCCUCGGCCUCGAAACACCGUCUCACGCCAUCUACAGUCUCCGCAACCAACAAAGACAAGGACGAUCUCGCCGCUGACGAUGAAAUGGCCCGACUUUCCCGCAAGCGCAAGGAUGUCGACUCUGCUGCACGAGAAACUGAAGAGUUGAAAAAGCGAGCAAUCGCGAGAAGCCCGAACACGGCGGAACACGUGCUGCAUGAUCGUAGCCUAACUGGCGGCAGUGCGCUCAACGUCUUCGAGAGAGGCGAGAUCGUCGACUACGAACUAGACGGCAUCUACUUCACGGGCUCCAAGUCUGCGCGAAAAAUCAUUGGAUCUUUGGCUGGAUCCCCGCAGCCGUCGGCAGCGUCGGCAGCCUCUGACAAGAACAACACCAGCGGCACCAAUUUCGGGUAUGACGAUGAGAGAGGAGACUACAACAUCGUCAUUGGCGAUCACCUCUCGUAUCGCUACGAAGUUGUGGAUGUGCUCGGCAAAGGCUCGUUCGGACAGGUCGUCCGCUGUGUCGACCAUAAAGAAGGCGGCAUUGUGGCGGUGAAGAUCAUCCGGAACAAGAAGAGGUUUCAUCAGCAGGCGCUUGUCGAGGUGGGGAUUCUGGGCAAGCUGAGGGAAUGGGACCCCGAUGGCGCUCACGCAACCCUGAGCAUCACGGGCUCGUUCUACUUCCGCUCCCACCUUUGCAUUGUGACGCCGUGCUUGUCAAUUAACCUUUACGAGCUCAUUCGCGCCCACAACUUUGCCGGCUUCUCCAUGCCGGUCAUUCGUCGCAUCGCUCGGCAACUGUUGGCCUGCUUGACAUUGCUGCAAACCAAACGGAUCAUUCACUGCGACCUCAAGCCGGAGAACAUUCUACUCUUUGAGGCUCGGAAAGCAGACGUGCGUGUGAUUGACUUUGGCAGCUCGUGUCGAGAAGAGGAGAAGGUGUAUACUUACAUCCAGUCCCGGUUCUACCGCUCCCCGGAAGUCAUUCUCGGCAGCAGCUACGGCCUGGGAAUUGACAUGUGGUCCUUCGGGUGUAUUCUCGCCGAGCUCUGGACCGGCUAUCCCAUCUUCCCGGGCGAGAACGAACAAGAGCAACUCGCGUGUAUCAUGGAGAUUUUCGGUCCACCUGAUCGACAUUUGGUGGAGAAGUGUACACGCAAGAAGCUGUUCUUCGACUCGGUUGGCAAGCCAAGGGUGACUGUGUCCAGCAAGGGAAGGCGACGACGUCCGAGUUCGAAGACCUUGCAACAAGCGAUCAAGACCGAGGACGAGGCGUUCAUCGACUUCAUCACGCGGUGUCUACGUUGGGAUUCCGAUCGGAGGUUGAAGGCCUCGGAAGCCGUUACGCAUCCCUUCAUUACGAAUUCGCCUUUCAACCAGCGCUCUGCCAUACCUGAUGAGGCUCGCAGAGCGGCGAAGCUACGGAGUACUGCGGCUGUUCCGGCGGGCAAUGGGUCCACAAUCCCGUCGCCCGUCAAGAGAAGCACCGUCGCUUCGCUCAAUGCGCCCGCCGCAAUCACUCCCGCCAAGGAUCGAGCGAGAGGGGUUUUGGGAACUCCACAGACAGCAGUUCGAAACAGUACGCAGACUUCGGCGUCCACGAAUCCCAUGCAAGGAUCACCUGUCAAACUUGCAGCAAAUGCGAAUCGAAGACACAGUACCAUCACUACGGCUGGCGCGGCAGCCACUGCAGGUGGUACGAGGGCCUCGAAUGGAGCUCUCGCCGGCGCUUCGACUGGUGUAGGAGCGAAUGUGGGACAGCCUCGGCAACGAUCUGCGAACGGUAACAUUGCCCAGAUGGCUGCCAGGGAGAGUAUGGGCGUUACAGGUAAUGCCGCACAAAGCUCCGCUAAUAGAUGGAAGACUUGA